AUGAGACUUCGACUUCGAAAUAAAGACCAAGUACACAUUAUCACUAGUUUGAACGAGAAAUCGAAAAUGAUAGAAUUAAGACAAGAAAUUAAACGAAUCAACGGAGUUUCACCAGCAUAUCAAGAGUUGAAAACAGGAUUUCCUCCAAAAGUAUGCGGUGCUAAUGAUGAAGUAACAUUAGAGUCAGCAGGAAUACAAAAUGGAGAUCUUAUUAUUCUUACAGAUUUAACACCACCACCAACUGCUGCUGCUGCUAUUACUAAUAGAAAUUUGAAUUCAUCGAAAAUUACCGCUACUGGUGAUGAUUCUACUACUAUGAGUAAAGAUGCCGUUAUAUCAUCUCCAGUAGAAAACGGUUAUGCUGUUCUAAGGGAAAUGGCAGAUGAUAAUUCAUGUUUAUUCCGUGCAAUUGAAGUUGCACAGAAAUUAAGACAGAAUCCUGUAACUUAUUCUGACAUUAUCUUGGGAAAAUCACGCAAUGAGUAUUGUAAAUGGAUUGCACAGAAGAAUAGUUGGGGAGGUGCAAUAGAAAUUCGUAGCGUAGAUGUAGGAACAGGAAGAAUUGAUAAAUACGAUUAUGAUGCAGUUGCCUUAACUCCCAUGAUUAGUGCUGAUAAAGAUUAUGAUCAAACAAUUUUUGAAAUUUCUGACCAAUCAAUUCUAAAUGGAGCAAUUAGCAUUGCAAAUAAAAUGAAAAAGCUUCACAAGUAUACAUAUACAGCGAAUUUUACUUUAAGGUGUGGUCAAUGUGAAAAAGGAUUAGUGGGUGACAAGGAGGCAGUACAACAUGCUAAAGAUACAGGUGGUUCCAUGGCACUUUCUCAAUUGGACGAGUUGGAGGAAUGUCUUUCCAUCCGCGAUACAGACGACUUGUCAUACGAGGAUUAA